GGCAGGCGCGAUGGCAGCGUCGUGGGGCGCCCCGGGCGGGACCCUGAAGGGCAACGGCAGCGCGCUGCUCAACGCCUCGCAGCGGGCGCCCGGCGGCGGGGAGGGGGCGCGGCCGCGACCCUCCUGGCUGGCCUGCACGCUCGCUUUCACCCUCAUCUUCACCAUCGUGGUGGACGUCCUGGGCAACCUCCUGGUCAUCCUGUCCGUGUAUCGGAACAAGAAGCUGCGAAACGCAGGAAAUCUAUUCGUGGUGAGCCUGGCAGUUGCAGACCUGGUGGUAGCCGUGUAUCCAUACCCCUUGGUGCUGAUCUCUAUAUUUAACAACGGGUGGAAUCUGGGCCAUCUGCACUGCCAAAUUAGCGGGUUCCUGAUGGGCUUGAGUGUCAUUGGCUCAAUAUUCAAUAUCACUGGAAUUGCCAUCAACCGCUAUUGCUACAUCUGCCACAGCCUCAAGUACGACAAGCUGUACAGUAACAGGAAUUCCCUCUGCUGCGUGUUCCUGAUAUGGAUGCUGACCCUCGUGGCGAUCGUGCCCAACUUGCGUACCGGCACCCUGCAGUACGACCCGAGGAUCUACUCCUGCACGUUUACGCAGUCUGUCAGCUCAGCAUACACAAUCGCGGUAGUGGUCUUUCAUUUCCUCGUUCCUAUGACCAUAGUCAUCUUCUGCUACCUGAGAAUAUGGAUCCUGGUUCUUCGGGUCAGGCGGAGGGUGAAACCUGACAGUAAACCCAAGAUGAAACCACAGGACUUCAGGAACUUUGUCACCAUGUUUGUGGUUUUUGUACUUUUUGCCAUUUGCUGGGCUCCUCUCAACUUUAUUGGUCUUGCCGUGGCUUCCGACCCCGCCAGCAUGGUACCCAGGAUCCCAGAGUGGCUAUUUGUGGCGAGUUACUAUAUGGCAUAUUUCAACAGCUGCCUCAAUGCAAUUAUUUAUGGGCUCCUGAACCAAAAUUUCAGAAAGGAAUACAGAAGAAUUAUAGUCUCACUGUGUACAGCCAGAAUGUUCUCUGUGUGUCGUCCUAAUGACACAGAUAGGGUUAAAUGCAAACCCUCUCCGUUAGUGACCAACAAGCACCUAGUAAAAGUGGAGUCUGUUUAAAACACAAAGCAUUGCUGACAAGGUAUACACACUUCUCAAGGUCUUACUCAUUUUCGUGGUUGCCUCCCUC